GCCGCGCCCGCAGACUCAAGUCCUGAGUCAGGGGCCUUUGGCAGCGGCCGGGCUGCAGACCUGCGGAGGGGCCCCUGCCCGGGCGGGGGGGUGUGCCCGCCGAGCGAUAGAGUGGGCACCCGGGCUCCUCCUGGGGACUCGGGGGCUUUGGGGGUCCCCGUCAUGCGGCAACUGGCCCUGCCCCUGCCGGACCACGCCAGGCCGCCGCGCGCUCUCUCCUCCGUGCCUGCUGGGCGACGUCUGACCACGCAUCCCUGACCCUGGGCUCCACCGGCAGCCCCAGCAGGAGCCCUCUCCUGGGUCGGCUGGGUCGCCAUCACCCUUGAGAGCUGGCCCCUGGACUAUGCCGUCCAAGUUGGCGUGCCUGGGGCAUUCAGAGGCAUCUCCCCCGCAGCCCACCGCCCAGGGGCGUCUGCAGCCCGAAGGCAGAAUGCUGAAGGGACAGCUUCCCAACGCAGGCCAAGACCUCGUGCCCCACCCAGGGUCCCUGCCCACCAACGGCUGUCAGGGCCCCGAGAAGAGCCCCGUGCCCCCUCUGAGCCUUCCAGAGGGUAUCGGCAAUGAGGACCCACAAGCCAAGGCAAAACCCUUCACCCCAAAGCCACCGACGAGGCCCAGGCUGGAGCGAGCUCUGUCGCUGGACGAGAAGGCGUGGAGGAGGCGGCGCUUUCGAACCAGCCACGAGGACCUGGCCACGCCCAGUGGGACCAGCCCCUCCAGGGGCUCUUUGCAGGACGAGGCCCCCCAGCCCCCCACCCACACCGGCUCCCCACCCUGCCUGAGCACCUCCUUGCAGGAGAUCCCCACGUCCCGCAGGGCCCAGGGCAGUACGGGAGGGGGCCCCUCCUCGUGGGGUCACUGUAUCUCCGGAAUGAUCAGCACCUCCCUGGACCUCCUGCACCGGGACGGGGCCUCGGCGGGGAGCACCACCAGGCUGCCCGCCGUGGACCAGAAGGCGGCCUCCAACCCGCCGUGGACCGCAAACUCCACCGGCAAGUCCCGCCUGCAGAGCAGACUGUUCCGGGCCCACAGCAGCCUGGGCCCCGGCCGGCCCCCGAGCCCCCUGGCCUGUGAUGCCAAACCCUCCUUCAGCCUCCUGGCACCCAUCCGCGCCAAGGACGUCCGAAGCAGGAGCUACCUGGAGGGGAGUCUCCUGGCGAGCGGGGCCCUGAUGGGGGCGGACGAGCUGGCCCGGUACUUCCCGGACCGCAGCAUGGCCCUCUUCGUGGCCACCUGGAACAUGCAGGGCCAGAAGGAGCUGCCCCCGAACCUGGACGAGCUCCUGCUGCCUGCCGAGGCCGACUACGCCCAGGACCUCUAUGUCAUCGGGGUCCAGGAGGGCUGUUCCGACAGGCGGGAGUGGGAGGUGCGCCUGCAGGAGACGCUGGGCCCCCGCUACGUGACGCUGUACUCCACGGCCCACGGGGCGCUCUACAUGUCCGUGCUCAUCCGCAGGGACCUCAUCUGGUUCUGCUCAGAGGUGGAGAGCUCCACGGUGACCACGCGCAUCGUGUCUCACAUCAAGACCAAGGGGGCCCUGGGCGUCAGCUUCACCUUCUUCGGCACCUCCUUCCUCUUCAUCACGUCUCACUUCACCUCCGGAGACGGGAAGGUGAGCGAGAGGCUGCUGGACUACAGCAGAACCGUCCAGGGCCUGGCGCUGCCCAGGAGCGUGCCCGACACCAGCCCCUACCGCUCCGACGCCGCGGACGUCACCACCCGGUUCGAUGGGGUGUUCUGGUUUGGAGACUUCAACUUCCGUCUGAACGGAGGGCGCGUGGCCGUGGAGGCCAUCCUGAAGCAGGACCUGGGGGAGAAGGUGUCUGCCCUGCUCCAGCAUGACCAGCUCACCCAGGAGAUGAAGAAAGGGUCCAUCUUCAAAGGCUUCCAGGAGCCAGACAUCCAUUUCCUCCCCUCAUACAAGUUUGACAUUGGAAAGGACUCCUACGACACCACCUCCAAGCAAAGGACCCCCUCCUACACGGAUCGGGUCGUGUACAGGAGCCGCCACAAGGGCGAUAUCUGUCCGGUCAAGUAUUCCUCCUGCCCUGGCAUCAAGACGUCCGACCACCGCCCCGUGUACGGUCUGUUCCGGGUGAAAGUGAGGCCAGGGAGAGACAACAUCCCCCUUGCUGCUGGCAAGUUUGACCGCGAACUGUACUUGAUAGGAAUUAAAAGACGCAUUUCCAAAGAAAUUCAGCAGCAGCAGGCACCAAAGGAUCAGCAUUCCAGCACAAUCUGUACAGUCUCUUGAGGCUUGCCCGAGGACAUUCGCACCCACAACAUGGGAGGUCACGUGGCCACAGCCCCCUGGAGAAGUCGGAAGAGACUGCGGAAUGAAAGAUUUCUGGGACGCCGGCUAACCGUUUCUCGAGGCCAACACGCUUCGUCACCAAGAACCUAACAGGAGGCCAGUGAGGCGGUGCUGAGGCACCCGUGUCCCCUGCCCGGCACGAAGCCGGCUGCACUCAUUUACAGCAUGUCCCCAAGCGCAGGCCCCCAGAUGGCCACAGCACACCCACGGUCCCUCAGGCCAGCGUGGGUCGGGCAGUUCUGCCUGCUGGCACAGAC